AUGUCCAGAGUGACCUGUCCUCUAUCAGCCUUACCUCCGAACCCUUCUCCUCAGCCCGGGCUUGGGGCCGGCAGUACCGCUGAAGAGACGGCACAGGCGGGGUUCGUCGACGAUGCUGUUUUAGUAGCAAGCUCCGAGGAUGAUCUGCAAAGAAUGCUCCAUUCCUUCAACCUAACUGCGAAGACAUUCAACAUGAAAGUGUCGGCUAAAAAAACAAAAAGGAUGGUCACCAGCAAAAAUCCAAUACGAUGUAAGUUAGCAGUGGACGGUACCGCAGUUGAACAAAUCAAACAAGAAGUUGAAGAUCCAUCAGACUUACCCAACGACUGGCAGGGUGAUAAACAAGUACUGGCUGAAGGAUUUGCCUUUAUUUGUAACUCUGAGAAGUAUGCCGAUAUUCAUAUCCUUGUUGGCAAAACAGAGCAGAGGAUACCCGCUCACAAACUGAUUCUGUGCGUCGGAAGUGCUGUGUUAGAUGAUAUCUUAAGUAAAAACGGAAAAUUCGAAAUGCUGAUGAUUCCGGAUAUAGAGCCUGAUACAUUUUUAGUGCUACUCAAAUUCCUCUAUUCUGAUGUCCCUGCAGUCACGAUUGACAAUGUUAUGGACGUUCUCGAUGCGGCUAAGACAUACGCUGUACCUACUUUAGUAAAUAUCUGCCACGACCGUUUAAGAGACAAUUUAAAGGUGUCAAGUGUAUUUUUGAUACUUUCAAAGGCAGUGCAUUUUGAUGAGAAUAAAAUAAGGGAUGACUGCCUGAGCAUCAUUGAUAAUGAAACUAAAGAAGCCAUUGAAACUGACGAAUUUACGAGUAAUGAUCUGAACACUCUAUGUUUGAUACUCGAACGAAACAGCCUGAAGAUUAAGGAGUAUGACUUACUCAGGGCCACGCUCAGAUGGUCGGAGGCUGAAUGUAACAGAAGAAAUUUGACGAUUAAUUCUGAGAAUCGUUCAUCUGUGUCUGGCUAUACUUAUCGACUGAGAUACCCUCUAUUGUCAUCGACGGAAUUCUCGUCAUGUGUCGCUGGUAAUGGACUAUUAGCAGACAAAGACUUUGUCCAUGUUUUUGUACUUGCCAAUAAAGCAAGCGGUGCCUUACCGCCCGCUAACUUCAUUGCUACACCGCGUUAAUCGUUUCCUUACCUUGUUGUUGAUAUUUAUAUUUAUGGUAAAACUUAAAAUUAAAAUAAAAAUAAGUUCAAGACAAACCACGAUGCUAUUCAUUUUUACGUAUAAUUAAAUUACUUACAUGCCGAAGCUUUUCGAGACCCCAGGUCUCAUCAUCAGGGCUUACAUUAGCAAACUCACACAUGCAAAACUACAAAGAAACUACAAAGCAACUAAAUAAGCAAAGUGAGUAACUACAUGGUAAAGACAAUUACAUAGCAAUUCCGAGAUUAAAUAUCAAAUUAAAUAAAAUAAACCGUUCAUAUAAUAAAAGUUAAAAUCAUUGAUAAGGCAAGUGACAAGUAAACAAGUGGCAUAGCAUAACAUAGCAUUGUUGUUGAUAGGUUUGUAAAUGGUAACAGUAUCUAUACCGUGCAUCAAUGGGAACAUGGAAGUUACUUACUGGCAUUUUCCUGUGAUUGUGAUGUGUACCUGAAUGAAAUAGGAUUGUUCGGCUCUGAUAGAUCUACAACUUAAACAUAUAUCGUAGAAUAUUCUAUCAGUGAGGAUAUGGGUGAAUCACGCAUUGCUUCAAAACUGUUUGAAGCCGUUGAGUCGCCCUGUGACUCGGAGGGUGUACAGAAAAAGAUAGUUCCCUUUCUUCUCGAUGCGCCUAUUAAAUUGACCAAGGACCGAUAUGGUAUUAUAUCAAGUAUUUCCAACUGGGUCCAAAUUCACUAGUCAACAGCUCGCACACUCCACGUGAAAUUGCAGUGCCGAUUCCUGGAAUGGAUCAAAGAGUGACCUUCCAAUUUGGAGAGGAACAUGGAAUCAAGAUUCCGGAAAUAUAUUUUACUAAUAUUCCGUAAUAUUCUCUGUUCAUACUUUUCAUUUGAAUUUUUUUUCUCAAACAGUCGUAUCACUGCCUAUGAUUCUUUAUUGUAAGUAGCCUCUUGUGUAUUAUCUGCAUA